GGGUGGACCUGAUUGUGGUCUGGGGCCUAGGGACCAGAACGUCCAGAAGAAGGGUGACAAGGGGCCCUUCGACAUGGAGGCAGUGGAUGAAAGCAGAAUGAGAUGUGUGGUCAAGAUGGAAAAGCAGGACUGGCAGGACAGAAGAUAAAACCUGAUGCCCACUCAAGAGAGAAGCUUAACAGGAGACUCGCUCAAAGCUGGGACUCUGGAGGACUACAUUCUCCAUAUAAAGUGGAAUACCACAGGGGAACUACAGCUACAGGGAACACCAUUAACAGAAUGUUGAGUAGAAUAAGUGAGUCACUGCAGAUGCAGAUCUGUGGAACCAGAAUUGCGUCUGGAGCAACUGAGAAGCCUUUCUAGGCUCUUGGCCCAGUGUCUUGGCAGCAGUUUGACCUGAAGAUGGCACUCAGGGCCCUGUGGGGCAGCCUCAGCCUGCUCCGUCUGCUGUGGUGUCUCCUUCCGCAGACGGGCUAUGUGCACCCAGAUGAGUUCUUCCAGUCCCCUGAGGUCAUGGCGGAGGACAUCCUGGGUAUAGAAGCUGCACGGCCAUGGGAGUUUCACCCCACCAGCUCCUGCCGCACGGUGGUCUUCCCACUGCUGACCUCCGGCUCUGCCUUCUGGCUGCUCAGGCUCUGGGAACAGUGGGGGCCAUGGCCGGGCCCGGUGAGCGGCUACGUGCUGCUGGUGGGACCCCGACUCCUCCUCACUGCCCUCUCCUUUGCCCUGGACGUGGCCGUGUACCACCUGGCCCCGCUGUGGGGGGCGGAGCGCUGGAACGCCCUGGUCCUGCUGUCUGGUUCCUACGUCACUCUGGUCUUCUACACAAGGACCUUCUCCAACACCAUCGAGGGACUGCUCUUUGCCGGGCUGCUGGUGUUGGUGUCCCCCCGGUUAGCUUGGAGCCCCACACCCAAGAAGCCUGCUCCAGGCCCCUGGUGGCACAGCUGGCUUCUCGGGGGCGUUGUGGCUGCCGGCUUCUUCAACCGGCCCACGUUUCUGGCCUUUGCUCUGGUCCCGCUCUUCCUCUGGAGCAUUUGUGGAGCCACAAACCCUGGCUUCAAGUCACUGACGAAGGAAGCCCUGGAGCUGCUCCCAGGGGCAACCCUCGUGGCAGCGGUGUUUGUGGCUGUGGACAGCUGGUAUUUCUCCAGUCCAUCUAGAUCCACUACCCUUGUUCUGACACCCGCCAACUUCUUGUACUACAAUCUGGAUCCUCAAAACCUGGCGAGGCAUGGCACACACAUGCGGCUGACUCACCUGGCUGUCAACGGUUUCCUGCUCUUUGGGAUGCUGCAUGCCCGGGCCCUGCAGGCUGCGUGGCAACAGCUGCAAGCCUGCCUCCAGGCCUUUGCACGAACGGGCUUCCCGCGGGCUCUGGGCGGCUGGAGCCUGCUGUCCAGCCCCAGGCCUUGCCUCCUGCUCCUCUACUUCAUGCCUCUGGCCCUGCUGUCUGCCUUUAGCCACCAGGAGGCUAGGUUCCUGAUCCCCCUCCUGGUCCCCCUAGUCCUGCUUUGCAGUCCACAGGCCCAAUCUGUGCCUUGCAAGGGCACCCUGGUCCUCUUCAACAGCCUGGGCGCCCUUUUCUUCGGCUGCCUGCACCAGGGAGGCCUGGUGCCUGGCCUGGAGCACCUGGAGCAGGUGGUUCACGCACCCGUGCUCCCAAGCAUGCCUACCCACUACACACUCCUCUUCACCCACACCUACAUGCCCCCCCGGCACCUCCUGCACCUCCCGGGCCUGGGCUCAGCUGUGGAGGUGGUGGACAUGGGUGGGACGGAGGACUGGGUCCUGUGCCGAGCCCUGAACAACUUCACCAGACAACCAGCCUGCCAGGUGGCUGGUGGGCCGUGGCUCUGCCGCCUUUUUGUGGUGACUCCUGGCACCACCAGGCCUGCCAUGGAGAAGUGCCAUUUCCCUCUCAAGAGUGAGGCACUCCUGUUUCCCCACUUGACCCUGGAAGACCCGCCAGCCCUGUCCUCUCUGUUGAGUGGGGCUUGGAGGGACCAUCUCAGCCUUCACAUCUUGGAACUGGGGGAAAAGCCUGACAACGUGACAGAAAAGUCACUGCCUAAGAUCCAGCCAUAGGUGAAGGCACCAUUCCACCUUCUAUGUGGGUAGCUGGGCUGGGACAGAGCCCUGAUUCUCUUCCUUUCCUUUCCCUUCCAGAAUUCCCACCACUGCCUCUCCUGUGCAUAGGCUUUGGCUGCUCUACCUUCGGGCCGCUGUGGUGUUGUGACAUGUAAUAGCACCUGGUUAUGAAAAGAGAGAUCUGCUAAUGACAUUCCUGAAUGACCUCUCUCAGACCUUCCAGGAUGCCUUACUUCCUGCUGUCCUGAUAACCCUCUGGCUUCCUAGAUACCUGGGAAGGAGGCAGUGUGGUGAUGUAGAAAGACCAGGUAGUUCAGACUCUGGAGACCAGAGUUCUAGUCCCUGGUUUGCCUGCCACUCACUGGCUGUGUGAUCUUAAGAAAGCCCCUCCCCCUCACCUAGCCUCAGUUCCCAAUCUGUACAAUGGAUGAGGGGAUCUCUGAGGUUUCUGCCAGCUGACACUAUGGCAUGCCUUGGUCUGCAGCACAUGUCCCCUGGCUAAAUAUGCAUAUCUCUCCCAAAGCUCUUUAAGCAUAGACUGGCGGUAUAUUUAAGGGCACUCUGGUGCCUGCUGUCUCAGCGUUUUGUUAUUACUGAGACAAGUAGUUCUGGAACUUUUCUCCCCACCUUCUUCUACUCCUGUCCAUGACAGAGGUGGUAGGACAGCUUACCCUCUAAAGACCAUUCUCCUUCCUCAGCCCACCCGAGUGGGAAUGGAGAACACACAAUGCUCUUAGUAGCUGGCUGCACUUGAGAGCAAUCUGAUGCUACCAGAGACUUCUUAAAAGUGGUCUGGUCACUCUCUAAGCUCAUAGCCCCCGUCUGAAACCUCUUCACAGGAUGAAGAGCAAACCCCAUGCCAAACCAACACCUGCUCUGGUGGAAGCCAUCAUAGCCCCACGCACGAUGCUCUCCACACCUAAAGGCACCUGAACCCAUCCACUGGGAACGCGAGGAGCUCUGGCACUAAACCUGUCCUCAUUCUCCCUGCUCAAAGCUCUACCAGCUCAUAAGAGGCACCCAGGCCACAGAAAUCAGUGAGCUAGAAAUCAGUACAGAGCAGGAGACCAAAACAAUACAAAUGACCAAACCUGGGCAUUUUUCUAGUCCCGUCUUCUGCUAAGGCUUGGGUCAUCCCCCUUUU